CUUCUCCCAGCUGAUAGAAGUCCCAGAGCACGCUACAAUGGCUAAGAUGGCAGCUGCUAUUGUGGUCUGCAUAGUGGUUUUAGCCCUUGAUGUCACUGCUGGCAUACUAGGGAUUCAGGCUCAGGCUGCUCAAAACAAGACUAAAAAAGUGACAAUUCUCUUCAUUCAAUGCGAGAAACCAGUCUACAAAGCAUACCAGCUCGGCCUCGCAGCUGCGGUGCUCCUCGUAGUUGCCCAUGCAAUAGCCAACUUUCUUGGUGGCUGUGCCUGCAUCUGCUCUCAGCUGGAGUUCAUCCGGGCGUCCAUUAACAGGAAACUGGCAGCUACUACCAUAGUGCUCUCAUGGAUUGCCCUGAUUGCCGGAUUCUCGCUGCUGCUCGCUGGUGCCAUGUCCAACUCCAAGUCCAAGACGUCAUGCGGGUUCACGCACGGCCACACCUUGGCCCUUGGAGGAAUCAUGUGCUUCGUCCACGCCGGGAUCACCGUCGCCUACUAUGUCACCGCCACCGCGGCAGCGCACGAGGCUGCUUAGCCUAGCGAUGACGAGGAUCAUCGGUGCGCGCAACGCCAUGCUUUUGGCCUAGAGAUCAUCACUAUUCUUUCCUUAUUUUCGUUGCAUCGUGUUUUUUUUUUUCUGUUCGUGAUCCGGCUUUGGCAGAAGCAUCCAGAUCUGUCUUGUUAAAAAAAGGAAAAGAUGUAUGUGCCUGUGGUUUGGUUUGUUAGGUCGUUGCUUGUUGCAAGUGUGAUAACGAGUGUAUCCACUUGCGACAGUAAUUUAUAUUGUAUGUUCAAAGUUGUAAAAAGUAAAUCAUAGAACAUAUUAAACAUUGUCUCCAGUUUUUCUCUUUUUACAAAAAACGAUUCUUAAUGGGUACCUCA